CUCUUCCAUCUCGAAUCAUCGUUGAGCAUGUGGAAAUUGUUCGCUUUGACGACCACGUGAUCGAUACGGCGGCAGGAAGGUGUUGUGUACGACAUUUGGCAAGUUUAGCGUUUUAAUGACGAUGACGGACAAGAAUAGUGGAGAAAGGAAUUGUUUAUCGAUAGAAGAAUGUGAGAGAAUGAUAUUGAUACAGGAUAGGAAUUAAAGGGAGAUCUGGUAGAGGGGAUUGAUUGGAAAUCAUUGUAGAUCAUAAAUCAGCAUAGCGAUCAAGAUGUCAUCGAAAACGCUUCACAAUGAGCAUAUCAAGCGUCCGAUGAACGCGUUUAUGGUGUGGUCGCGGGGACAGCGACGGAAAAUGGCUCAGGAAAAUCCGAAGAUGCAUAACUCUGAGAUUUCGAAGAGGCUUGGCGCAGAAUGGAAAUUGCUCAGCGAAAGCGAGAAACGACCGUUCAUUGACGAAGCGAAAAGAUUGAGAGCCCUCCACAUGAAGGAGCAUCCAGACUACAAGUACCGGCCGCGCAGGAAGCCGAAAUCUUUAGUGAAGAAGGAGAACAAAUUCGGUUUCUCGAUAUCGCCGUUGAUGUCCUCGGGUGAGACCUUGGGCAAUAUAUCGAGAAGCCUCUUGCCACCUCUGGCACCGCCGUCGCACCAUACAUUGAUGAGUCACGAGGAUCUCAAGAUUCCUCGCUUUUUCCCGCCGUUUCCGUACCCUCUGUAUCCUAUACAACACAAAUUGGGAGAAGAGUUCAACGGUGGCAAAUUAGCCGCGGAUUUGGCGCUUCAGGCUCUUUACGGAGGUGGCACCUUCUAUUCGAGCCAUCAAACCAUGUCUUGGCCAGGUUUGUCAACCGCGGCUUGCCUUCAACCCAAUUGUGGUUGCCCAAGCCCGCCUAAAGACCCGAAAAGGCCGUACUUACCUACUAAAUUAGAAGAAAGACCUUUUCCUAGUCCAGGUAAACCGGAAGAGGAUGGAUUCCCAUCGGACAGAGACUCCAGUAGGGAAGAGCCUCGAUAUAGAAAACUCGACGAAGAUACGUACUCGUCGUCGAUGGACAGACACCAGGAAGAUAGAUCUCAAGACAGAUUUUCCUCGUCUUCAUCAUCGUCACCUACCGAUCACACGGAGAAAGUAGUCAACAGCGUGCCAACGUCAACGCCGACGACGAAGGUCGAGAGCGCGUUCUCGGUUCAGAAUCUGACGUCGUCCAGCUCGAAUUUGGGGAAUCAUCGCGGCCACGUCAUAUGAAGACCGCUUCCGGUUCUCCCGGAUCUAAACUUCCGGGGGAACCUGGUACCACCUGGAUGGCCAAGCACCGAAUGGUGGAGAGUACCACCGAUGUUGUCGCCGAUUCCUCAAGCCACGGUGACGAAUUUAAACGCACCGGCGAAGGACGACGAGGUUCAAUACCAAGAGGAACAGCAGAGAAACUCUCUGAUGGCCAGGUCGAGGAGCAUUCACAUUGGAAAUGUACAGUGAUCGUUGACGUCCGAGGAAACUCAGGUUCAAUUGGAAACUGUACUCGAAGGUUCAUAACGAAAGUGUAUAUGAUGUAAACGGAAUUUAAUACGAGAUAAGAAGUUUUAAUUGGUAAAAGUGAUUCUUACGAAUCGGAGAUUUCUAUAGAACCUUAUACCGUCCUUCUUGGUUGAAAUGUUCUAUCUGUCGUUCUGAAAUUUUAUAAUUUUUCUUUUCUUUUUUUUUUCAUUUCGUUUCCAAUUCCCUUCGCUCAACUUGAAA